AUGGAUAUUCAAGUAGGCAUGGGCCGUCGACCAGGAGGGGCAAGUCUCGUAUCAUACACGGGCGACUCAGACACGGAGGAGCCCGUCGCCUCGUCCUCCAAAGCCUCAACAGCGACGGCACAGAUCCAUGAUCCUUUGCUAAAGGAUGAUGCAGAUGCUGCUGAAUCUUCCCGCACUCCCGCCUCCACGUCUGCUUCUGGAAAGAGCACAGGCAAGUCGCUAGGGAUCAUCAAACGCUCGGUUCCUCAGAGGGGUAUCACACGCGCUCACAUCUCGGAGGAGAUUGAGGUGGCCUCCCACUCAACGGUCGCGGAGGAUGCGCAGGACCUGGAGCCGACGUCGGAAGAGCUGGAGAUACAGAGGCUAAGGGAAUUCCUGAAGCCACCACCAAUACCGGAUGUUGAAGACUGGGGAAUACCACCGCCGUCAACUGAGUCUUGUGAUCCUGCUAUACUGGCCAAGCUUGCGCAGUUUGCCGCGAUCAAGCGCGACACGGACAAUCCGCGCCACUUCAACGACUCGCUCAUGGCUAACCGCUCCUUCCGGAAUCCACAUUUGUAUGCGCAGCUCGUCGCGUUUGUGGACGUGGACGAGCGCACAACCAACUUCCCAAAAGAUGUUUGGGACCCUAUGGAUGUUCCGAACGAGUGGUUUGCAGACAGUAUAGCGGAGUUACAGAAGAAGCGCUCGGAACAGCAGGGCGCAGCGCAGGCUAAGCGCUCGCAUAUCGAUUUCACAGGCGGCAAGAAAGACGCGGCGCUGGCAGGGCAUCCAAAUGCAGGUGGGGCAGGGCAAGCACGGGCAAGUCAGUCACGCAGUGUCGGGUUACCCCCACGCGGCAUGUCGAGACCUGGCAUAGGUGGGGGAGGCGGGUUUGGCAGGUAUAACCCGUACUCGCGGUCACGAGUUGGCUGAGUCAUGCGGUAAAGAGUCGUGCCCUGGGCUCCUAAUGUUAUUUAUGCCAAAAAAAUGAUCUCUAAAUCACCUUGCCUAUUCUUUC